GCCACGGAGACGGGGACUGAAGGGACUGAAGUUGGACUUUUAAACAAUCAAGGAAAACACGAAGAAAACGACCACCCAGCGAUGAAAUGUGCGUCUCUGACUUGCAACUGAACCCGGACAGCGAGCUGCAUCACCAGGUCGAACGCGGUGGAUCUGCUGACCCUGGACUCGCCGCGCUUUCCUGACGUCCGGCUCUCUGAAGAUGAUCAACCCUCAGAUACACCUCCACUACAACUACACGGGGAAGCUGGACCACCGGCCCAGCAUCGGCUCCAGCUCCGGCGGGGUGGACGCCAAGACCGUCGUGUUCCUCGUCGUGUGCAGCUUCAUCGUCCUGGAGAACCUCACCGUGCUGGUGGCCAUAUGGAGGAACCACCGCUUCCACAACCGCAUGUACUACUUCAUCGGCAACCUGGCGCUGUGCGACAUGCUGGCCGGCGUGGCCUACCUGGUGAACCUGCUCCUGUCCGGAGAGAAGACCCUGCAGCUCUCGCCGGCCCUCUGGUUCGUCAGAGAGGGGAGCAUGUUCGUUGCGCUCGGUGCCUCCAUCUUCAGCCUCCUGGCUAUUGCGAUAGAGAGACACCUGACUAUGAUCAAGAUGAGGCCUUAUGAUGCCAACAAGAACUACAGAGUCUUCCUGCUCAUAGGAACCUGCUGGCUGAUCGCCAUCUCUCUCGGAGCUCUGCCCAUUCUCGGCUGGAACUGCCUGGACAACCUCCCCGACUGCUCCACCGUCCUCCCCCUCUACACCAAGAAAUACGUCGCCUUCUGCAUCAUCGUAUUCAUGAUCUUGCUCUUGGCCAUGUCGGUCCUCUACGCCCGCAUCUACAUCCUUGUAAAGUCCAGCAGCCGGAAGGUGAGCAAGCACAGGAACUCCGAGCACGCCAUGUCGCUGCUGCGCACCGUCAUCAUCGUCGUCGGGGUCUUCAUCGCCUGCUGGACGCCCAUCUUCGUCCUGCUGCUGCUGGACGUGGCGUGCGAGCGCCGCUGCCCCAUCCUCUACAAGGCCGACUGGUUCAUCGCCGUGGCCGUGCUCAACUCGGCCAUGAACCCGGUCAUUUACACGCUGGCCAGCCGGGAGAUGAGGCGGGCCUUCCUGGGUCUGGUGUGCGGCGUCUGCUACCGGGGCAAGGCCUCCGCCAACGGCAGCGGGCACAAGCAGGCCCUGGAGCCCAGCCGCAGCAGGAGCAAGUCGUGGAGCAGCCAGAACAACCCCAACCAGAGCCAGCGGAGCUCCAAGCAGGCGGAGCAGGAGAAGGAGAGGGGGCAGGGGGCGGACGCGGCCCCUGGAGAGGUGUCGGUGGUGGCAGGAGGGGCCACGCAGGCCGUCCUCAAGUCUGACAGAACAGACUGAAGAAGGGAGGAAGAUACAGACUGAGGAAGCCGAGGGGUCGGUCCCCAAAAACCUCAUCGAGACGCGAUUGAUCAAGAAUGAAGGAAUGAAAUGUAAACUUAUUUUUUUGGCCGAGGCUGCAGGGCAGCGGCUUCUCUUUAGUGCUCGAUAUCGCUCCGUCUGCAUCGUCCAUUAUUAUUUGGAGGCUUAAAAUGUCCACAGCUGGCAUCAGACUGGUCGUGUACUCUGAGGUCAACGCGCUCAAUUACACAAUCGAUUUCGCUUCUUCUGUCAAGUGCAGGUCAUAUUUCUCCCCAGCGAGUGCCACGUCUCUCCACGUUUGGUUGUUUUUUUUACGGAAAAUUGCGAUAGUUGAUGUUUGAGCGUCAUCGUGGGUUUGUGUGUGAGGCUGUUCACCCACCCACAGUGUUUGAGAAUCAACAAUCAGCCGUCUGAUAAGUCUGACAUGUUGCACUUUUAACUGAAGGAUGAAGAAACAUUUAGAAACCUGUUUAUUAUUAUUAUCUGUAAAAAAAAAAAAGAAAAAAAAAGAAAGAAAGAAACACAUUUAAUUAUGUUCUGAAGGUGUUUUUUUCCGCAGGUGCUCCUUAAGGUGCUUUUUACCCUCGACAGAAAAGAAACAAUUACCUCUGUGGUCACAGAUUUUUACCAUCUGACACAAAUAAGAAGUGAAAACGUCUCCUGCAACGAAUUGAAAGUGCAAUUACAGCUCCGCAACGUGACGUAAUGAAGAAUGAUUGUAGGCAACCAUUAGUGUAAUUGCAAAAAAAAAAAGAAAAGAAAAGAAAAAUGGAAGUUAUUUAUUAUUCUACGCCGUCCUGUUCUGUAAUUUUGUAUUUACUCAGCAAUGCGACAGUAUACGGUGCAGUCGCUGUAAUGAAAACUGCAAAUGUACAUGUACGUGUGUAAUGACAUGAGAGACAUGCUGAGGAGUCAAAACAUGCGACUUUUGUCAUUAUAGCAUCGUGUUCAAACUGCAUUAAUGUCCAGAGAGGAACCUUCGCUGAUGGCGCUCAGGAGUUUUCAGCGAUGCGAGGGCGCCGCCUGCUGGUGAAUGAUCAUGUCUCAUCGCCUCAGUGCUGAAUCGUCACGCUGCAUGUUCGAUAGACAGACUCUUGGUAACACCUGAUUUAAAUCGUCCGUCUCACAGGGUUUAGAGUCUUUGUGGCAUGUUUUUUUUUUUAUUUUUUUUUUUUAAAAAGAUGAUCUAUAUAUGAGCAUACGUGACGACUCAUGAACAUACUUAUGUGCUUUGUUGGACAUGAACGACUCACUACAAAUUAGGAAACCAUUAAUCUUUGUUGAACACGCUCAUCUUAUAUUCAGCAGUACAGACUAAUAUCCAACAAUGCUUCACCAUGACUGUACAGUUGGGACGCAUGACCAGUGACCGAUAAUUACCUGCUUCUAAAGGCCGGUUCUGAUAAGAUAACCGGUAAUUUUGACAUUUUAUCUGAUUUUACUUAUAAUCCUGUCCUGUUAGCGCACAAAGUAAUUGCGUUGUAUUCCUCUAAAACUGUAGUCUUCUAGUGUUCUUCCACCACCUGCUGUAUCAGAGCACACCGAGGAUUGUUCUCAUCGAAUCAAUGAAAGCAGUUUGGCUUCCGAUUAUCAGCUCUAUUUAAUUAAAUGGUCUUUAUCUGAUGAUGUAAUAUUUCCCACUAUGGAAACGUUAUAUACAGUAUUUUCUUUCAUCAGUGUUGUAAGCUCGCACUUGCCAAGUAAACAUUUACACGUGGCAAAAAUGGCAACUUGACCUUAACAUUCAAAAAUGUUUAUUACUGGUCAGGGUUGUAAAACAAAGUUCCCAAUAUUCGUACUUGAAUAAAAGCAAUAUAUCAUGUUGAGAUAUUGCUUUGGUGAAAGGGACUCAUGUGAAUAGGACCUUUUAAAUGAACUUAAGUGUCAAAAGUAAUAAUCUAAGUAAGUAUAUUGAUAUGUAUGUAUUCACUGUAUGCUCAGAGUCAGCUGAUUACCUGUUUGGCUCAUUAUAAGAUCCGAUAUUCAGCAUUUUUCUGAUUAUUGGAAUCAUUUUUUUUUGUUUGUUUGUUUGUUUAAAUAUUUGUAUUAAAUCUAAAAAUGUGCCACUUUGACUCUGAUGCCAAAUGCAAUCUGCAAAAUUAACUGGUAAAGUUGUAGGAAAAAUGUAAUGAACCAAAUAGUACAAUAUCUGUGGAGUGGAAGUGUGAAGUAAGCAGUAAGAGGAAACACUCGUGAACAAAAAAAAAAAAAAAGUCGACCAUCACUUUGCGCAGGCAGACUUUUCAAAUGACAUGUUACCAAAAAUCUCCUCUAUACUUUUCUCACUUUAUACUGAAUCAGUCUAGUUGCAAGUGUCUUUGUCUGUCAAGAUUGUUCCAGAAGUGUUUUGUACCAACUUACUAAAAAAAAAAAGGAAAAAAAGCAUGAAGCUGGUAAACUGAUGGAAGAGGAACGUGUAUGCAGCAUGUGAAAUGUGCAGCUAUUUAAGUGCAUGAUGCAAAAAUAUUAGCUUUGACGCAAUAAAGUGAAAAAGAGCGAAUGUCCUA